GCAAAACGUCAGAAGUACAAGCCGAGCGUGGAUUUCCCGCCACCAGACUGCCGGAAGGGUGAGAAGCUGAAGAGGUGGUGUGAAAAAGUCUUUGCGGCAGUACCCAUGAAGAAACCGCAAGCUCUCACUCCGCGUGAGAAGGAGCUGCUGAAACUCUCUGCAGAAGAAUACGUGGCGGAAAGAAAAAGUGGCAAAGUGACUUGUGAGGAGUACACAUCCUUGCUCGUGAAGCGGGCAAAGCACUACCGCUACAUGAACCAGUGGAUCUUUCGCAGCUACGACCUCCUGGACAUUGCCGUUAAAAGAGCACGCGCGCUGGACAGGAAGGCGGCGAAAGAGGGUGUGGAUGCGUUGGCGCCACUGUAUGGCUUGCCCAUACCCCAGAAAGGAACUGCAGCUGUGGUGGACUUCCCAUCAGGCUGCGGCGUGGGAAUCUUGAGCCAAUACACGCCCGUGAAGAACAGCGAGCUUACAGAUCUGAUCUACAAGCGCAACGGAAUCAUUUUUGGGACGAGCAACGUUCCGGAGUUUGCGUGCUCGGUGAACACAACCAAUCCGGCGAGCGGCCAGGUCCGGAACCCGCACAACCAUGCCUUUUCCCCUGGGGGCAGUUCGGGUGGAGCGGGAUCCCUGGUUAGCAUGCACAUGUGUCCAGUUGCCGUAAGUGAGGACACCACAGGUUCCACUCGCGUACCAGCCCUCUUCAACGGAGUCUUCGGCUUUGACCCAGCGCGGAAUCAUUACCCGAACGAGGGAAACUGCGGCAUGUCUUUCACCAGAGACCAAAUUGGAGUCGUUAGCCGAAGUAUGAAAGACAUCCUAUUCUACGAUAGGGCGCUCAUGCAGGAGAGGCAUGAUGCUGAGUCGCUACACAUCUCCGCAGAGAAAGCCGCCCGGGAGAGAGACUUGAAAAGCAUCGUGAUCGCCUGCCCCGAAGUGCCUUUCCAGCUGUCGAAGGACCGGAACCGGAAGCUGGAUGACAUCAUGCGCAAGCCAUUUGAGGCAUGCAAGGCUGCCUUGAAAGCCCUGACUGUGAAAGAUGUCGGCUGGCCAGAAUCUUCAGAAAGUGCCACUGGCGUUUUGCCGCUUGAGCUGAAGCACGAAACCUUGAAUUGGCCCUUUCAUACCUUCACCGGUCAGAUUGCUCACUUCGUCUUUGAAUAUCUGGAUGCACCAGUUAGCCUGAAGGAAAUUGCUGAAGACACCGCCUUCUGUGGGGAGCAUGUCCCUGGUCGCUUCUACAGCAUUCCACCUUGCAAGAGUGAGACAGACUAUCGCUACAUCGUGGGGCCGAACAUCAAGGACCAGGUUAUGCGCUACAACUCACUCUUCGAUGCCGAAGGCGUGGACCUCAUCCUGGCUCCCGCGGCGUUCAAUGCCACUCCAGACUUGUCUCAGGCGUUAACGCGCACAACCCCAGCUGUUGACGCCGAAGGCAAGCCGGCCCUGUCAGGUAUGUGGGAGACUGUUUAUCCAAUCAAUGAGGUCCUGAAGGACAUCCAGAUACCCAAGCUCUCAGUGCCCACAGGUGUGACGGAGGACGGCAGGCCAACUGGCAUUCAGCUUUGGGGGCGCGCCGUAGACUAUGAAGACAUGUUCAAGGAGGAAUGCGCCACCCGACGGAGCGUUGACUUCCUGCACUUGGCUUCCCGAGUGGUUGAGAUCCUCCAUGCUGAUCCGGCACUCAACCGUGUGACGCCUGCUAUAGCUGCAGAUCUCUUCUCGUAG